CAUUUUUGUAAUGAAAAGGCACGCUAAUAAAAUUGGCAGCUUUUCCCUUGGAUAUUGACUUUGCUUUGCUUUAGGAACUUUUUCACAAUAACUGAUGCUCAAGGGGUCUUCUUGGAAUUUGUCAACUUAUCUUUCCCAGUUCCUUCCCACUGAAUUGAAAAACAUGCCUCUGGGCUGGUUCGGAGCUUAACUUACUUAGCUACUGGCUCUUCUGCUACGUGAUUGAGAUGUAAACAUGCCAUGAUAACAUGUUGUGCCAACAGUAUACCAUUAAUUCCUCAUCUGAGCAUAUACUCCAAUUACUCCUUUAGUAGUAUUUAGAGACGGUGUAGAGGAGCGGUGGAGCUGAAUCUCCCCCCCAACCCCAGUUAAGGAACAGCAGGCUGGGAGAGCCAUGCACAGUCAUAACAGUCCAGUGGCAUAACACGCUUUGAAGGGGCCUGUGUGCAAAAAUUGUAUAUGGUCCCCAUCAGAUUGAAAGGUAAUUUUCCAGUUUACAAAGAACUUCAAUCUGGCUGCUCACAUAAGAGGGGAAAAAGAUACUUUUCCAAGGAAGUCCUGCUCCAGGGCCUGUGCCUGAAGGAGUGAUCCGUCUCUAUAGUAUGCGCUACUGCCCUUUUGCACAGAGAACACGACUCGUCCUGCAGGCCAAAAGAAUAAACCAUGAAAUUGUCAAUAUCAAUCUGAAGAACAAGCCAGACUGGUUUUUUGAGAAAAGCCCUUUUGGUUUGGUACCUGUGCUUGAAACUAACAAAGGUCAACUGAUCUAUGAGUCUCCAAUCACAUGUGAGUAUUUGGAUGAAGCCUAUCCUGGGAAGAAGUUGUAUCCUGCAGAUCCAUAUGAGAAAGCUUCUCAGAAGAUGCUCUUGGAACAGUUCUCUAAGCUGACUCCUCUGAGCUACAAGUACCUUGUGGCCAUCAGAAGCGGAGAGGACGUAUCAGCACUGAAGAAUGAGUACCUUGAAAAGUUUCUCAAACUUGAAGAGAUUCUAAUCAACCACAAGACUCAGUUCUUUGGAGGGAAUGCUGUAUCCAUGAUUGACUAUCUGAUCUGGCCUUGGUUUGAGCGUAUGGAGUCCUUCCAGUUACAUGACUGUCUAGACCACACUCAAGCAUUGAAGCGCUGGGUGGAAGCCAUGAAGCUGGAUCCUGCUGUUAAGGCUACUAUAACAGACACUCAGACAUACAAGGGCUACCUAGAGCUAUAUCUGAAGAACAGCCAUGAUGCCUGUGACUAUGGACUCUGAGCUGGAAGCCUUUAGUGAGUGGCAAAGUGUAUUGUAUGGCUAUUGCUCCACUCCAGUAUGUGUAUCUGAUACUAAAGGUAGAUCAGCAACAGCUUUUGGUAAGCAUCUGUAUUGGCUUUGUCCCUGAUAACAUUACAGGAAUAAACACAUUUUAAAUAA